GAUGAUGAUGAAGAAGAAGCAUGAUUUCCUAGCAGCAGUGAAUGCACCGCGGCCUGUCCAAUAGUUUGUCUCUAUUUUGCGGCGAAAGAAUUUUGAACCUAAAACCGCCUUUUGUUUUCGACAAGUAGCCUGCUACCUUCACCUGUCAACAUCAAGAAAACGUCCUUUUACAUGCAAUAUGGACGACGUAUUGCAAACAAGACUGGUUGAAAAUAGCCGUAACUACAGAAAUUCACUGGAACGAAUCAUAGACAAGUAUUCAAAGCUGCAAUACCAAGAUGGGGGGGUGGAGGUGGACCUCGACAGCACAAGAACCCAAACACUUGAACACUACAUGAACCUGUCAAAAGUAGAGCUGAACAAGCUGGAUUCAAAGAGCCUGACAGAUUUGAGAGAGGAGUCAAUAGGAGCCCAGGACAUUACAAGAGACUCUCAGUUGGACUUCACGCAUCAAGAUGGAGAAGCUGAGAAGACUUGUGUUUCCACUACCCAAUUGUCUGUGCAGGAUGAUUGGCUGGCUAGCAAUGACACGACUCACCAGACUGUAAGCUCCAUGGAUGAGAGUCGGAGAACCAUUUCUGAGACUGAGGUCCAGCCUGAGGAGCAAGACGAUGAUCUGGAGACGAGUCUGAGAAGUCAGGGCAGCUCUUUGGUGGAGCUCUACCCCAGCAUGAUCAGUCGAAUAGGGAGGGCCUGGCAUCGGCAGCACGUCUCUGAGGCAGCCGACUCGGUGCUGAGGAGGUACCGCAGAUGGCGACAGCAGUCAAACCGAAGCAAUCUCAGCAAAACCUUCGUUGUCACGCUGAGACACACCAACAGAAACCAAAAAAACAGGACCAGCCAGACGCCGCUCAAGGAGAACACCAACAGCCCCGCGAAAAGGCAGUUCGUGGGGACCCAAACUGCCCCUCAGUCUCCAUUGCAGAAUGUAACGAAUAUGCAGGAUUGGCAAGCACAGCAGCAGUCUCCUGGGAGGGUGAGAAGAGAGCAGCACAAGCCUAUUCUCGCCAUGGACCUCUCUGGUCCCGCCGAGUUCUUCACGUCAAACGAGAGCUCGCUGAACGAGACCUUCAUGCCAAAAGAGAGCUCGCUGAACGAGACCUUCACCGUGUGUGAAGUGUCCCGACUAGGAGAACAGCCCUCCAUUAACAAGUUCAGUCCUUCCCGGCCUUGCUAUCCUGCAGCAAAAGCAUCCUUGGACCCGUCUCUCGGGUCCAAAAGGCUUUCUUUCACUGCACACUCGCUGCAGACUGUUGGCUGUUCCACAUGUGCAUCGGAAGCCACCGCUGCGAGAGAGAGACCAGACAUCUACGGCUCCCCGGUCAGGCAAAGUCCCUCCCAAGCCAGGGUGACGACCAGCCUCAGUAGUUCACCUCACGCCUUUUCCAGAAGCCCCAAAGCGCAUUCUGUGGAAAGCUUUUCCAGAGAGCCUACGAGGCCCAGGUUAAUGUCCACCCCUCCACAAAAGCCAACUAUGCCACAGAGGAUGCUUCAUCCUCAAGACCCCCAUCACUCCCUCCACCCACAGCUGCGUUCACCUCAGGUGGCCAUGGGAACAAAAGGCCGCGACAGGCUCCGGCGGCACCUUUCUUUCGACUCCUCCCUGCCAUCCAUCCGCAUCUCUUGCUCCCCGAAGAAGCUCGACGAGGACUUCCUCAAGCUCUACCACAAGUUUGUCUGCCAGAACAAAUCAUCCGUCUUCAACAGGCUUCCCUGCCGCCUCUGUGCCCAAAGCUCCGAGGCCGGCAGAAGCCCCUCUUCCUCAGCUCUGGCAGCUCUCGCCUUGUCACCCCACCGCUCCCUCCUGAGGAAACGCCACAGGGAGUUGGACUGGGACAGCCACCCCCAGUCCAAACGCCUCAGGGAUGAGUACUGCCCAUCCUCCCCGGGGUCCUACCGCCAUGGGAAAGAGAUGCUGAGGCGCCGUCUCUCUCAGUCUGAGUACGAGCAGUCUCAUUACGGCCUCUCCUACAGCUCCACUAAACCCAGCAUGUCUCAAAGAUUCAGCCCCCAGAAGCGCUCAGCAGAUACACAUCAGGAAACCUGGAUGAGUCGGCACCGCCACGUGUCUGCAGCCAAUUUUUCUGGCAUGGGAAGUUCACUUGAGAACAGAAUGGCCCAUGGCUUCUCCCCCAGAAAAUGGUGAGCAGGGAUUACACCAGCCUGCCCACAGAUGAAGGAAAACUCAUUUUGUCGUAAAUGUCAGUAUGAAAGUAUUUCUGAAAGCUUCGGAUACAAAUAUUGGUGAAAAUCACGUGAUAACCAACUGAAAGCAUUUGGUAGUGUGAGCUCAGUAAAUUGUAUCACUGAACUGCUGCAUGUUACAUUUUUAGUAGUCAUUAUAUAUCAAUUUUGUUUUCUAUCCAAGUUUGUGUUCCUGUUUGGAUGUUUUUAAUUUUUUUAAUUUAAUUUUUACGAGUACUGUCAAACCAUCUAUUUGUCUAAUCUUAACUUUUUCCUGUGUGCUGUGGUACAUCAUUACCUCAGUUAAUACAGCCUCAUGGUUAUUUCUUGUUAUCUGUUUUAUUAUUGAAAUAAAAUUGCGAAUGUCAAAACAGUUUCUGGAGAAAAAAAAGACCAAUUACUUGUCAUUGUAGUUAUUCUGUUUAUUAUAGUUAAUCUGUUUCAUUUAUUUUUCCAUUAUAUUUCAUGCAAGGUUUAAAGUUAGAAAAACAAAAUAUGCAACAGUCAGACCCAAAACAAAAGAGCAUAAUGUUUCAUUUAAGGUAAAGGUAGAAAAGUAAACGUGAUAAGGAAAAUAAAGACAAUUUAACAUUU